AUGCACGACAGCGUUGCUGGAGAAGAUCUGCAGGGUCCAGACCGUCUCACAAGAGCGCCGGUCACAACGAUCUGCGACACACAGGAGGGGGGCAUACAUGGAUCUAGUCGAUGCCGUUCGGACCUAACACUACUCAUUGAGGCAAGCUGUCAUUCGGCGGUAAAUGUUGGGGACUGGUCGUGUCCGGAGAAGGCGAAGAGUGGAAUUGCAACGUUGCUCGCUGCUGCUGUCGAGAAUUUCGCCGACGCGGCACGCUCGACAAGAGUGUUCGUGCAGACAGGCGCAGGACGACCUGCUUAUCGAUACAAAAUCGGGUCUUUCGAACGGCGAAAUUCAGUUUCGAGACCUCUGUCUCUAUCGAGAAUAUCUACUUGA